GACAAAACGCACCGUAUUACGUUCCUAUUGCUGUUACUGAUACCGAACCGAACAAUCUGGAGCAAGAGAAAGAAGAAAGAGGGUUAGGGUAAGAGAUGGCCACUUCCGCCUCCAUGGAUGCCGUCGCAGCCGCAAAUCUUCAGUUUGUGCUGCAGCGCGUCCAGCAGGCCGCAGAACGGUCCGGCCGUGCGGCCCAGUCGGUCCGAGUCGUGGCAGUGCGCAAGACCAAGCCCGUCUCCCUCCUCCGUCAGGUUUACGACACUGGUCUUCGGCGAGAAUUACGUCCAAGAAAUUGUCGAAAAAGCUCCUCAGGUUUAAAUUUUUGAUCAGGCAAAUGAAUUUGAAUAGGCUUCUUAAGAGAAUUUGGGGUUUGAAGCAGCUGUAGUACGCCCAACUCAACAAGAAUGAGUUUUUUGAUAACCAAUCCAUUAAACAUCUCUUAAUGGGUAAGUGAAUUGUAAUCGCUAUGUAUUUAUUAUGAUUCUCUCUUUCUAAGUCAGUGAGUUUAGUUAUGAACAAGCUAAAUCUUUCAUUCUUUAAUGGCGCCCUGAAACCACUAUCAGUAACUGUGCCUCAACAUGCCAAAACCACCAACACCAUACAUUUCAAUGCUAUCAUCAACCGCCUCGCGUCCCAAGGAUCUCACCAUCAUGUUCUUUUAACGUUCUCAUCUAUGCUCCAAAAUAACACCCCUCCAGACACUCACACAUUCCCUAGUUUGCUUAAAGCUUGCACGUAUCUCGACAGAUUUCCACUUGGCCUUUCGUUUCAUCAAUGUGUUAUUGUUAAUGGGUUUUCAUCAGAUUCUUACAUUGCAUCGUCUUUGAUUAACUUCUAUGCUAAGUUUGGUUGCGUACGCCACGCCCGCAAAGUGUUUGACACUAUGCCUGUGAGGAAUGUUGUUCCUUGGACUUCUAUCAUUGGCUGCUAUUCACGUGCAUGCGACUUUGAUCAAGCAUUAUUAUUGUUCAGUGAAAUGAGGCGACACCAAAUUCAACCCAAUCCUAUUACAUUGUUAAGCAUGCUCCCCAUAGCUUCGGAGCUUACCUAUGUCAAGUGUUUCCAUGGCUGUUCAAUUUCAUAUGGUUUUGAGUGUGAUGUUACUUUGAUGAAUUCCAUAUUAAGUGUUUACGGCAAAUGUGGAGGCAUUGAAGAAGGUAGGAAAGUGUUUGAACAUAUGACUAGAAGAGACAUAGUUUCAUGGAAUUCUUUGUUGUCGAGCUAUUCCCAAAAUGGGAAUGUCAGAGAAGUAUUUCACCUUUUGAAUAAAAUGAGAGCCCAAGGUAUAGAGCCCGAUAAGCAGACGUUUGGUCCUGUAGUAUUUGUAGCCGCAACACAGAGUAAUCUUAGAUUGGGAAAAUUGGUUCAUGGGAAAAUUUUAAGAAAUGGAUUUGAAUUGGAUAGCCAUGUUGAAACGUUAAUUUUAGUUAUGUACAUGAAGUGCAGGAGUAUUGAUACCGCCUUUCAGAUAUUUAAGCGGAUACAAAACAAGGAUGUGGUUUUAUGGACUGCAAUGAUCUCAGGACUUGUACAGAAUGAUUGUGCGGAUGGGGCAUUAACUGUUUUCUCCCAGAUGUUAAAAUCAAGGAUAGAGCCAUCUACUGCUACUGUGGCUAGCGCUGUUGCAGCUUGUGCAAAGCUGGGUUCUCUUGAUAUGGGAACAUCAAUUCAUUGCUAUGUGUUAAGGCAAGGAAUGACUCUAGAUAUCCCUGCCCAGAAUUCUCUUGUAACCAUGUAUGCAAAGUGUGGGCAUCUGCAACAAAGCCGUGUAGUUUUUGAAAGAAUGAGCAAAAGAGAUUUGGUUUCUUGGAAUGCAAUAGUAGCUGGAUAUGCUCAAAAUGGCCAUUUGUGUGAGGGCCUGUUUCUCCUCUCUGAGAUGCGAACAACACUUCAAAAACCAGACUCACUAACAGUUGUCUCUCUCCUCCAAGCUUGUGCAUCUAUUGGGGCACUCCAUCAGGGGAAGUGGAUCCACAAUUUUGUUAUUAGAAGCUGUAUUAGACCGUGUAUCCUGGUGGACACAGCUCUUGUUGAUAUGUAUUCAAAGUGUGGUGACUUGAAGAAUGCUAAGAAGUGUUUCAAUGAAAUGUCAGAGCAGGACAUGGUCUCAUGGGGCACAAUUAUCUCCGGAUAUGGUUGCCAUGGAGAAGGGAAAACUGCUUUGAAGAUGUAUUCAGAAUUUUUACGGACUGGGAUUCAACCAAAUAAUGUGAUUUUUCUGUCAGUCCUAUCAGCCUGCAGUCAUAAUGGGCUUGUUGACCAAGGUUUGAGCAUAUACCAGUCCAUGACUGAGGAUUUUGGUAUCGCACCAAACCUUGAACACCGUGCUUGCAUUGUUGAUCUUCUCAGUCGAGCUGGAAGAGUAAAGGAGGCAUAUAAAUUCUACGGGCAAGAGUUUGCAGAACCUGCUGUAGAAGUUUUAGGUAUACUCCUUGAUGCUUGUCGGAAGAAUGGUAAUGUGGAACUUGGUGAAGUUAUUGCAAGACAUCUUCUCACGUUGAGACCUAUGGAUUCUGGUAACUAUGUGCAAUUGGCACACAGCUUUGCAUCAAUGAACAGAUGGGAAGGUGUUGGUGAGACAUGGGCCCAAAUGAGGUCUCUUGGCUUGAAAAAACUACCUGGCUGGAGCUUUAUUGAGUUACAUGGGACUAUAGAGACAUUUUACACAAGUCACAAUUCACAUCCUCGACUUGAAGAUAUAGUAUCAACAUUGAAAGCAUUAAGGAUGGAAAUGAGAAAACUGCGACAUUAACCAGCCAAAAAGAAAGUGUUUUAGAAAGUGUCGUAUGGGUGAGAGAGGCCUAAAAUUGUUGUAAAGCACUGUCAUCUCAAUACAAUUCCCAAUAUGCCAUGGGAUGUUUCUAUAAUUCAUAUGCUAUGGAAGAUAAGUUCUAGUUGUGGAAUUGCAAAGAGUGUAGCUCAUCUUCCUCUUGAAGCCAGUCGUCCUAGCUGUUGCUGACUGCUCAUCUCAGGUCCUUAUCUUUCUUAUCAAUGUAGACUUCUUGUGAAAACUCACAGAACUCUGUCAGAAAAUUACAUUAACAUGUUCAGCAUGUGAUGUUUCGUGGUCAAAAGAGAUUAUAUCUCCAUACUAAACCAACUCAUUAGAAAGCUUUGCAUUUAUAGAGCGGGGCAAGGAGUAAGUGUCACCACUUAAUGCGUCUGACAAGUGAGGACUGUAAAUUUUUUUGAUAGUGUGAUAUAUUACAUCCAAUACAACGAUACAUAAAUGAUUCCUCAUCUACGUUUAUUUCUUUCUGUUGAUAUGUUGAUAAAUUGGAACAGACCAAUCCAUCUUUGCUACAGUUUGAUGCUGAUUUCUCACAGUAGAUAAAUAGAUAGAUAGAUAGAUAGAUAGGGUCGAAAGAAGAAACUGGCAAUUUUAUAUUUCUGUCUUCGUGGUUGGGAAGAGAUAAUAAAGUUUUUAAAGAUUUCGGGGGGAAUGUGUAGUCUAGAAAGUUGUGACUUUUUGCUUUAAUUUAGGUAUUGUUGUACC